GAACGUCAUCAAACUAGCAUCAUCUUUUUGAAAUGAGUGGAUCUACUUCUACAGCAGCACCAGCAAAGUCAAACGGUACCUCAAGUGGAAAGAAGAAAUCUUCUGAAGAUAUCCCUUGGGUAGAAAAGUACAGACCGAUAAUCUUGGAUGAUAUUACCGGAAAUGUGGAAACGAUUGAACGUUUGAAAGUGAUUGCAAGGGAUGGGAAUUGUCCUCAUAUCAUUAUCUCUGGAGCACCUGGAAUUGGAAAAACGACUAGUAUUCUAUGUCUAGCACACGCCUUGCUAGGAGAUUCUUACAAAGAGGGAGUGCUAGAACUCAAUGCAUCUGACGAACGUGGGAUUGACGUGGUUCGGAACAAAAUCAAGACUUUUGCAAAUACAAAAGUAACCUUACCUCCCGGUAGACACAAAAUCAUCAUUCUAGACGAAGCAGAUUCAAUGACCUCAGGAGCUCAACAAGCACUUCGAAGAACUAUGGAAAUCUAUGCCAAUUCAACUCGGUUCGCUUUAGCUUGUAAUUUUAGUAGUAAAAUCAUAGAACCUAUUCAAAGUCGAUGUGCUAUUUUACGAUAUGGAAAGUUGAGCGAUCAGGAAAUACUUAAGAGAUUGGUCGAAAUUUGCGACGCCGAAAAUGUCAAAUACGCCAACGAAGGCUUAGCCGCGAUCAUCUUUACUGCGGAAGGGGAUAUGAGACAAGCUAUUAACAACCUACAAUCAACGGUAUCCGGUUUCGAAUUUGUUAGCUCCGAAGCAGUCUUCAAAGUCUGCGAUCAACCUCAUCCAAUCGUCAUCAAACAAUUGUUAGCGGCAUGUGAAAAGGGUGAGGUUCAAACCGCACUAGAAAGUUUAGAUGAACUGUGGACACAAGGUUACAGUGCGAUUGAUAUUGUGACCACGCUAUCAAAGGUGGUGAAAAGUAUGGAUAAGAUGGCGGAAUAUAUAAAAUUGGAGUUCAUCAAGGAGAUCGGCUAUACUCACAUGCGGAUCUUGGAAGGCGUCAGUACAAUUGUGCAGUUGGGAGGCCUAAUCUCUCGUUUAUGCAAACUGAAGCUUGAUCCUAAAUUGUUUAAUGUUGACUGAAGACUCAAAUAUAUUUCAUACACCAUGUCAUUCACUCUUACUAAUAUCUAUUGUAGAAUUUUUGGAUAAACGCACUAAAAAGCUCAUCUAAACACAUGAAUUGACUCCCAUACCCAGGUCCUAAACUUACAUCGCCUUGUUCCAUUCAGCAGCUUACAUUGUGAUGUCCGGCCGGUAUGAUGUCAUGAGAAUGAAUGACUUUAACCAUGUUGAAGGUG